AUGGCAGAUGGUUCGCUACUGCAGGCGAAUAUUGUUUUUCUCUACUUUUUUUUUUCAUUUUUUUUUUUUUUGCGUUUACCACUCAAAGCGAUUUUUACUUUUAUUUUGUAUCUGUUAUACGGUGAUGUCCUGCGUGAGUGCGUCUGCCUUGUGGUCUUUCUGUGCAUCUCAAUGCUGCGGCGUCGCACGGACAGCCGCAGGCGCGGGCGUGGAGUAUUCGUGCAGUUUGCUGUUGGCUUGCAUUUUGUCACUCUCCCGCCGCGGGCUGCCAUGUUUCUCUGCCGUGUUAGUGACAUUUUGUUUAUCUGCGUUUGCCACACCGCGUUGUGGGUUUGUGUGAACUUUUGUAUCUUGGGGAAUUUUCGCUUUUUGUGCUUCUUUGCCUCUUUGCACUUAGACAACCACCUCGGGCGGAGCAGCGGGACGUUUUGCGUCGGCGUUGCGGGUGGGGGGUGA